AUGAUUCCAACCGCGGAAAAUUCUGGAACAUACAGCUCUAUCCUUCUUCAGAACGAGAAGGCCUCGCUUGGUGUGAAGAAAGACGACCAUAGUAAUACUCACAAGAAGAAAUCUGGCUCACGAUGUGGUGGUUUGCUUGGCACUCUGCUGAGGCGAAGGAUUCAAAGGACAGAGCGCGAUCUCAUUCCAAAGGUCUUCCGAGCAGACGAGUGCCUGGACAUGAACGACGAUCCAUGCUUCUUCGCUGCGCAAACGUUCGAGGAGAUGAAGCCUGGCAAUGAUGAGAAAUCGUUUGAGCAUGUUUGUGAGAGUAUUGACAACCAUGCAUGCUCUCAACCUGGUUCCUACUUCACCUCUCUGUUCAAGUCCGGAGAAAGCUUCAAGCAAGCACUCAGUGCAUCAGCGCAACCGUGGUUGCCGGCGUUGCCUGUCGCGCAAGAUUCAAUCAAGUACGGAGAGAGGCAGCCAUGUACGUACAUGGAGAUGGUUCAGAAGCAAUCUGGUUAUGCAGUCAAGACAGAGGAUCCGCUAAUUGAUUUAAAUUCCAAGCAAGCUUUCGCUGGUGCACACCCGUACCUGACGAUGGCGCGCGAAGAUGUCAGCGAAAGGACGUGCAGGGAGGAAGAGGACUGCGAAUCGAGUGAUUUGUACUCUACGUCGUCCUCAUGCAGCCCGGCUCCCUCCAGCUUUAAUAGCGCUGAAACUCGAGGGAUAGAAUUCCCGUCGGUAGAGGAACUUACUCAGAUGUCGCAGACAUCGAGAUCUCUGUGGUCAUGCUUCAUCGAGCAGCACCACAAGUACAAGAAGAUCGACUUUGUCAACACGGAGCUCGAGGCUGUCGAUGUUCUCAACCAGGACGUUUCUGUGGAGAUUGCUUCCAACCCCGUUGACCAGAGCAACAGGUUGGAGGAUGGAUGCCUGAGCACCGAGGUGCUUGCCGAUGCGCUCCAGACUUCUGACCCUCUGUUUGCUUCCUCCGAGGAGUCCUCCGAGGAGAGCAUGUUGUGGGUUGCACCCCACCAUGAGCAAACUUUCGAAUGCGAUUCGGAAUGGAGUGCGAUAAACUUGUGA